AUGUCAAAUCGAGUAGCAACAGCAACAAACCCAGCAGCAUUAGCAGCUGCUCAAGCGUCACAUAAUCCAAUUUUAUCAUCCUCAAAACAAGCACAAGCCCUUGGUGCCACGACAACGUCAGCAGCAGCAGCAGCAGCAAACUACAACAUGAACCACCACGUGAACGGAGGCAACAACUUGAACUCGAACUCAAAUGCCGCGGUGGUGGCUGCUAACUCGUCCUCGUCCGCAGCCGCCAACAAUUCCAACUCGUCUGUGGUUGGGUUGCACUAUAAGAUCGGCAAGAAGAUUGGCGAAGGCUCAUUUGGUGUUAUCUUUGAAGGAACCAAUAUCAUCAAUGGAGUGCCUGUGGCCAUCAAGUUUGAGCCUAGGAAAACCGAAGCGCCGCAGUUGAGAGAUGAAUAUAGAACCUAUAAACAUCUACAGGGGUGCCUGGGAAUCCCCAAUGCCUAUUAUUUUGGCCAAGAAGGGUUACAUAACAUUCUCGUGAUUGACUUGUUGGGCCCUUCCUUGGAAGAUUUGUUUGACUGGUGUGGAAGACGAUUUUCCGUUAAAACGGUGGUGCAAGUUGCCAUCCAAAUGUUGUCACUAGUUGAAGAAGUCCAUCGCCACGAUUUAAUUUAUAGAGAUAUUAAACCCGACAAUUUCCUUAUAGGAAGACAAGGAUUGCCCGAUGAAAACAAUGUCCAUUUGAUUGACUUUGGCAUGGCAAAGCAGUACCGUGAUCCAAGAACUAAACAGCACAUUCCAUAUAGAGAAAAGAAGUCGUUGAGUGGCACUGCUCGUUAUAUGUCAAUCAACACCCACUUGGGUAGAGAACAAUCGAGAAGAGAUGACUUGGAGGCAUUGGGCCAUGUGUUUUUCUAUUUUUUAAGAGGCCAGUUGCCAUGGCAAGGUUUGAAAGCACCAACAAAUAAGCAAAAGUAUGAAAAAAUUGGCGACAAAAAGAGAACUACCCCGGCUGUUACCCUUUGCGAUGGGUUGCCUACCCAGUUUGCCGAAUACUUGGACUCGGUGAGAUCUUUGCCCUUUGACGCAGAGCCGCCAUACGAAGAAUAUAGAAUGCUAUUUGUGUCAAUAUUGGACGACUUGGGACAAUCGUGCGACGGCGAUUACGACUGGAUGCAUUUAAACGGAGGUAAAGGAUGGGAUGCGCAAAUCAACAAGAAGCCAAACUUGCACGGGUAUGGUCACCCAAACCCGCCCAAUGAACGUGAAAGAAGACACCGCGAUCAAAGAAGAAGCAGGCAACAACAAUCAGCUCAACAACAACAGCAACAACAACAACAACAGCAGCAGCAACAACAACAAUCAGCUCAACAACAACAACAAUUACAACAACAGCAGCAACAACAGUUGCAACAACAACAGCAGCACCAAUUACAGAACCAACAACUGCAACAGCAAUUAUCAGCAGCUCAAUUACAUCAACAAAAAUUACAGCAUUUGGUGAAUAGACCUUUGCCACCAAUCAAGCAAGAGUCGAUGCCCGUUAGACCCGGUGAAGGCAAUGAGUUAUUGAGUGGCAGUGGAGUCGAUGCUAAUGGUGGUAACAAGUACGAAGGCUAUAACAUGAACCACUAUCAGCAACAGCAGCAACAUGUGGAGGAAGACGCUGAAGAACACAAGGGAUUCUUUUCAAAAUUGUGUUGUCAUUAG